CGUAAAGAAGAGCACGUGUCUUCGUGCAGCCGUGCUGCGUAGUUCUUGUUUUUAGUGUUAACGGUUUUGGGCAUGCGCAAUGUGUGUACGUUCUUAAAUGCGUUUUGUAGUUAAUAUUAAAUGUAGUAGUUAGUAGUGUAGUUACUGCAGCUUUUUACUGAAACCGCAGCUGUUUGAAAAGGAAGAAAUCCAAGUUUCAUCGCAGUAAGGAUCAGUUUUUUCCUCAUUUAAUGAGUCUGCCCAACACCCAAUUUCGCUACACGGUCGACAUGGCGACCGCGAUGAGAAACACCGUCUCCCCAAAACAGCUGAAGAUUGGUUAAGUUCAAUCAGAGACUGUUUAUAUUUCACACUACGUGAUGAAUGUCGACAAUGUCAGAAUAUAUCGAAAAUCAUUGAUGUUUGGGAAGUUCUUAAUUUUUUUUUGUGAUUCCAGUGGAAUCUGGAUUUUUGUUUCUUGUUUUUAAAAAAAACAAAAGGCAUACAGCUAAGAAGAUUUAUGUAGAUUAAUUUUGUUACAAUGCCUGUACAAGCACCACAAUGGACGGAGUUUCUGCUGUGCCCCAUAUGCACUCAAACUUUCGAGGACACCAUCCGUAAGCCCAUUAGCUUGGGCUGUGGCCACACUGUUUGCAAGAUGUGCCUGAACAAGCUGCACCGCAAGGCAUGUCCAUUUGAUCAGACCACAAUCAACACUGACAUCGAGCAGCUCCCAGUCAACUCUGCUCUCUUACAGCUUGUCAGUGGACAAGUUCCUGUGCAACAGCCCAUUACCUUCUUGAUUGGUGCAGAAGAGACAAAGCACUAUCAUGAAGCCCGCAAGUGUGUAGAGGAGCUGGCGCUCUACCUUAAACCCCUUAGCAGCACCAGAGUUGUGACUCUGAGCAGUGUGUCGCAGAGCAUGCUUAGCCGGCCCAUGCAGCGCAAGCUGGUCACCCUCGUGCACUGCCAGCUCGUCGAGGAGGAGGGUCGUGUCAGGGCCAUGAGGGCUGCCCGGUCCCUGGGGGAGCGCACUGUCACUGAGCUCAUCCUGCAGCAUCAGAACCCUCAGCAGCUCUCCUCUAACCUGUGGGCUGCGGUGCGGGCACGGGGUUGCCAGUUCCUGGGUCCGGCAAUGCAGGAAGAGGCUUUGAAGCUGGUCUUACUAGCACUUGAAGACGGUUCCGCUCUAUCCCGUAAAGUCCUCGUGCUCUUUGUGGUGCAGAGACUGGAGCCCCGUUUUCCCCAAGCAUCUAAAACUAGUAUCGGACAUGUAGUGCAGCUUCUUUACCGGGCCUCUUGCUUUAAGGUGACAAAGCGAGACGAGGACUCAUCUCUGAUGCAACUCAAAGAAGAGUUCCGCACAUAUGAGGCCCUGAGACGAGAACAUGACUCGCAGAUUGUGCAGAUUGCAAUGGAGGGGGGUCUGCGCAUCGCCCCUGACCAGUGGUCCUCCUUGCUCUAUGGGGAUCAGUCCCACAAAUCACACAUGCAGUCUAUCAUUGAUAAGCUGCAGACUCCAGCGUCAUUUGCGCAGAGUGUGCAGGAGCUGACCAUCGCCCUGCAGAGGACAGGGGACCCUGCAAAUCUCAACCGACUGAGACCUCAUCUAGAGCUCUUGGCCAACAUUGACCCUAGUCCAGAUGCUCCCCCACCCACUUGGGAUCAGCUGGAGAAUGGCCUGGUGGCAGUAAAGACCGUGGUCCAUGGCUUGGUAGAUUUCAUCCAGAACCACAGCAAGAAGGGCACUGAGCAGCAGCAGCCUCCACAACACAGCAAGUAUAAGACAUAUAUGUGCCGGGAUAUGAAGCAGAAAGGUGGCUGUCCCCGAGGUGCUAGCUGUACGUUUGCCCACUCUCAGGACGAGCUGGAGAAAUACCGGAAGAUGAACAAACGCCUGACAGCCCGCCGGCAGCUCAGCCAGUCACUGACUCAGCUGAACGAAGUGGGCCACCCCUGUUCUCCUGGCCUGCUGCCUGAUGAUGGCAGUCUGAUAGACACCGUUGCCCACAAGGCCUCCUCGGUAACCAAUGGUAUUGUGGCUGCUGGAUCUGGCUCUUCCUUGAACCAGCUCAUUUCCCGUGGCACUGACUCAGCAUACGAUUCCACCCGAAAACCUGCGAAGCUGGACUCGGUGAGCCUGAGUGCUCCAGGAUCACCGCCUGACUCGCUGGACACCGUUCCCAAAUCUGCGAUGGUCGGGACUCCUCAUACAAUAUCCCAUGCCAGGAUACGUGACCACCCCAUGACAAAACAGAUGCCUUUGGUCCCCAGGGGACCCCAGAUAUACCCUCCACAGCAGCUUGACAUGUUCUACCCAGAGCCAAGGCCGCCUGUCUCAGUAUCGCAGUAUGAGUAUCCAGCAGGUAAUCCAUAUGGUUACCAGCCACCGCAGUUCGUCCAAGCCCGCUAUAUCCGCAAUCCUCCACCUCCUGUGGAUUCAGGCCUCCCCCCUUACCAGGACCCUUACCAGAGCUACAGUGCCGAGCGUCAGUACUCCAGCACACAGGGCCCCCAGUUCCCUGCAGUGGCACAGCAAGUGUACCCUCCUCACUACGAUGGCCGUCGUCAUGCUCCCUAUGCGGCCCCUCCUCCGCUGCAGCCCUUCCCUGCACAUGACGACUUGGUAAGAAUCAGUCCUGUUCCUGUUGAUGUAUCUCUGCAAGCCCCGCUUCCAGCAGCAGCAUCCCAGCAUCACUCAGAAUCUUCUCGGGACCGAUUCCCUCCUGAAGGCUACUGCCCUGCCGGUGCUCAACAUUCUCAGGCGAGAACCUACUCCAGGGAUUCUUACAGUCGGUCCCAGCAUAGUCUGGACUACCUUCACCGUAGACGCAAGGAGAUCAUGGCCCAGUUGGAGGAGAGAAAGGUCAUCUCUCCUCCACCAUUUGCUGCCUCACCGACACUGCCCCACACGUUCCCAGCCGAAACCCAGGAGUAUAUGGAGGAUACCACCAAAAUCUUUGGGAAGGGAAGAGAGGCCGACUAUCUUGGCCAAUACUCUCCCUGGUCAUGUGACACCUUUGGCUCAUACAUCAGCUCAAAAGACGUCAAGUCCAAAGAUGUCAUGUUACCUGGGGCCAUGGAAAUGAUGAACACAGAUAGCAAGUGCCUGAGGGAGCCACUCAUAGAUGUGCAGCGCCGGGCAGCCGACGUUAAAGAUGACGACCCCAUCAUCCCCUUCGGUCCACAGCCCACUGUGUCCCGCUUUGGCGCCAUCUCUCGCACCUCUAAAACUGGUUACCAAGCAGCUGGUCCAGUCCAGACUCUGGCCUCUGUGCAGGGCUCUGGCACCAAGCACAUCUCUGCUGGAACCUCAGCUGAGUACAAUGCCUACGGGAAUCAUGGAUGCUGGGGGGGGACAGCUUACGCUCUUCACCAAAACGCCAGUUCUCAGGGACGUUUCAGUGAACGGCUAUCCAUGCCAUCUGCUGACAGAGAGCAGCUGAAGAUGGAGCUCCAGCAGGUCAAUCAGCAGAUUAACCAGCAGAGCCAGAUCCAUGGCAUGGUGGCUGCCAGCAACCCGAAGUUACUGCAGAAGGAGGGAGCUGUGCUGGCCCCCCAGGCGGCACAGGUCAAAUGGUCAGUGGGGGUCAUGUCCAGUGAGCAGCUUAGCUUGGAGCUUCACCACGUGGAGAGGGAAAUCGGCAAAAGAACUAUGGAAAUUGCCAUGGAGAAUCAUUCACCACGUGAGGUCCACUACAAGCUGAAGCCCACAGAAAACGGUCUUCCAGACCACAAAGUCCAACUGGAAGACCUCUCUCUGGCUCUCACUGAGGCUUCUAAUGACUCCAGCAUGGCACAGGAUAGCAGUGUGGGAAGCAGUAUGCUGUCUCUGUCCAGCAAGACUUCUUCCCUCUGCCUUUCUGGAGACUUAGGUGCCAACGGCCCUGAUAUGCAGAAAAAUGGUGUGGUCCACUAGACAUGGCUCAUCAGAUUUACCACCAUUAUCUAUACCUGCACCAAGGGUGUGUGAACUGUAAGCUCAUCCUUCCUGUCAUAUGUAUCCAUGGCAGCACACAGGAUCUGUGUGCCCUCAUGGAUCAGCCGUUGUACUAAAACAUUACAAACUUUACUGAAAUUUUAGCAUGGAUAUUUCAGGAUGCUUACCCUUUUUCAAGCUGAAUGAGACCGUUUUAGGUUUCCAGGUUGUUAUGAUUUAGUCAUAAUAAGGGCUAUGGCUAAAAUGAGAACAGCUUUCAAGAUUGACUAUUUGAUACAUUUUAUAAUUUCAGUUUAAGUGGUUAUGAAACGAUGUCUGCAAUUAUUGAGUCUGCUCACUUGCGGUCUUACUGUGGAAGUAGUAGAGAAUUCUACUGACUUUGACAGUUGACCGUACAUUUUUCUUUUCCUGUGGAAAGAUCUUGUUAUGACUGAGAACUUGGUAGAAAUGCAAAGUUAUUCAGUAUCAUUGUUCUGUGUGCAAACAUUACAUUCCCAGCUUAGACUGUUUCAACUGAAGGUUACAGACAAUCUCAAGUAAUUACACUUCAAAGGAAAUUGCUGUUCUUAAAUGAGAGUCUUGGUGUAAUAUAGAAACCUUCUAAACCUGGUAAUUAGCCCAUUUAAGAUGUUUGAGCAGGGAAAUUGGCAAACUGUGUUGGAUUAUGGCCCUCCAGUACUGGAAUUCGGGAUCCCUGGUAUAAAGUAUUAAAAACUAAACUUUUACUAUCGCACUCUCAAGUUCUAUGUGACCAUCAGUUGAAUAUGCUUUGGUUGAAUUUUUAGGGUUUUCAGAUUUUUAGACGUGUACUUGUUUAUACAGGCAUGUGCACAUUUACAAAGAUGUGUAACAAUGAAGCCAUAUCUAUAGUACAUAUAUCAGUUAGAUAUAUAAUUAUAAAGAAAUAUCACUAAUGUCCCCUCUUUACUAGAACUUUUUCCCCCAUCCUUCAAGACUUCUUUUGCUGAGGUGACUGCUUAAGUUUUGAACACCUUCAUUUUCCUUUUUAAAAUUUUCUCAGGAGUAUGAUAAGUCUGGUUUUGGCCUGCAUAGGUCAGAUUCGUUUUACACCUUAUUGAUAUUGAAAAGAAAUUAUGGGGACUUAUAAUGCAAGCAUAUUAUCAUAUGUCUAGCGUGCUGUUCGUCUUGACCCUUUAGGUAAAUAGAGGAGAAGGGACCUGCUGUUUAUAUUAGCUUGUGAGGAGGGCUCAAUUUACAGUACUUGUAAUAGCUGAGCAUGUCCAGUGUUUAUUUUCCAUGAAAUGAAAAGCUUACACCCAAUGCCUAAACUUGACCUUAAUCAGCAUCAAUCAAUCUUUUUCCCCUGACGUAAUUGGUUGUUGGUUACUUAUCAAAUUGACAGGUUUUGACAAAGCUUGCCAUUAUUAAUCUGUGCAUACUUCCAAAGGUUAUGUUUUAGCAUGGAUUGUAGUAUUUUGACUUUGCAAGGGUUCUUUGUGUUGUUUGUAUUAGUGGUGGAUUUUAGGGUUUUGUUGAAGUGGAGGGAGGACUGUUUGUAUGUUGGCUAGCUGCUCCUCUGUUCACCGGUACAGACAUUUAACUGAGCGUUACCCAUUGUAAUGUUAAUUUUGUGUUUUGGAAAAGGUGAUUACUGCUUACUAAGAGGUCACUUGAGGCAUUACACAUUAGAGCUCGGCAAUAUCUAAAAAAUAAUAUGCGUGCGUGGUACCAAGUGGGGCAAAUGGAAAAAUGUGAAAGCUUGACAUAACAAAACUUGUUGAGAGAGAGACUGUGUGUGUGUGGCAGUGCUGAUUAGUGGUGGUUUUCAGUUUCUAUGGAAAACUAUUGAUGUGUUGGCCGGAUUUAAUCAUAAUUUAAAAACAUGUCGCGGACCAAAUAAAAUCAUCUGAAGCAGUAGUUCACAAACUUGCAGUAAGCCUUAGCUGUGUUUCACCAUUGCAGUCGACAUUUACAUACACUGAAACCUCGUUAAGGUACUUAAGAGUUUGAAAAAUAACCUUUUUAAACAAAAGAAAUCAUAUGAAUAACUGUGUCGGAAACAAACUAAAAGGAUAAACUAAAAGCCAGUUCAUAGAUAAUUUUUGUCUUUCUUUAGUGUAACCUAAGCCUACUUCCCCAGCAAAUAUGAUAUUUCCAGUUAGUCACAAUCAAAUAUUGCACCGGGCUGCUUGUCUGAUAUCGUUGAUUACUGAUAAUAUCUUCAUAUUGCCCAGCCUUAUCCAAUUAACAUUGAUUUUGGUGUAUUGUGUAGAAUACUACCUGCUCCUAUCAGUGUUUAAGAAACCUACACUGGUAUGUCUGAAAAAGGAACAAUUCAGUCUAGCAUAUAUUGCACUUGACUUUGGUGGGACAGUAUUCCAUUUUAUUUUGGAAUUCAAGCUGUCUGUAUGUGCUUAUAAUGUAUGUAUACACACAUUUAACAGUUACAAAAAUGAGCAUCUACUUUUUGUCUUUUUACCCUGAUCAAAGGAUUAUGAAUAAAAACAUAAAUCUAAUUAUUUGUGUUGUUCAUCUCAGCUUAGCAAAAAGCUAAAUUGUUAAAGAUUUAAAGAAUGUUUAAUAAAUUAUUCUCUGACAGUGAGGCACCAUGCCCAAUACAGCCAAAACAGUGUAAGGAGUUGCCCAGUGGCCCAACAACAGAAUCCAAUUGGACAAUCAAAGGCUCUGUAUGUGUGUAAGUCCUUCCGAGUGCACUUGGAAAGUUACCCUUUAAAGCAAAAUCUAACCAAAUCUGACUCCAAUUGUAUUAAAAAAACGUAUUUAGAAUCUUUUAGUCAUGACAUUUCUGUUAUUCAGAUUACUUCUGGGCUCUCCUUACUAAUGCUUAACUUUCAUCUGUUCAUCUGGUGGAGUUACACUGGAUUCGCCUUGGCCGAUAAGGUGAUCCACAGACGUUACGUAGAGCUCAGUUCAGAGGUUGAGGGGGUCACUAUAACUAACACAAUAUUAGCUUAGACGGCCAGUCAGGCCUGGUGAUUCACAUAACUCCUCAGAGCCCGUAGUAACUCUGCUUGGGCAGUCGCACAAGGUCCUGGAGAGAAGAGAUCUACUGAGAACGUACUGAAGCAAAGUCAGGCAACAGGGGAAUAACCAUUAUUUAUAGUACAAGAUGACAUGCAUUCAUCUAAGCUAAAUAUAACUUGUGGCCACAAACUCCUAUCCUAUAUCCAUUUGACUCACAAAUGUUAUAAAGUCAAAAAGGUUACAUACUUCAGCUGUGGGUUCACAGAGUAACUGUAAAAAGGAUCUGGCUACAGAUGCAAACUCAUGCAGCAGUGUGUGGGAGCUCUGAUUGCUGAGUGUCUCCUAAAUAAAGGCUACACAUGAUGAGUAUGCUAAGAACACUUACCAUGUGGGAGGUUCUGGCUACAGAAUGACCCCUCGAUCGUCUCGUGGACCCUUAUUUUAUAUACCAAACCAAGCAAUGGGUUUUCUUCGAAGAUGGUGAUACACCAGUCUCUAACCAGAUGUUAUGGUUAUCCUUUUAUCAUUAUAUUGGAUUAAGGUUGUGAUAUUUUUGCGAUCCCCUUCAGGGUAUACUGAUAAGUCCUCAAGCCAAUGGUCAAUCGGAUUGUCAAUGGUGAGGUCAUUAGGGCCUUUUGUUGACUGGAUGGGGAAGCCUUCCAACAAGGCAAGGUUUUUCUAAUUUUCUAGGUCUUCAUAAUAUUAUGACAUAUUACUUUAAAACUGAUAUUAUAUCAGUCACAUUGAGACCAUUAAAAUGAGACCAAGCACGUGUAUCUACAUUGAUUACAUUAACAUCAGAUAAUGCUUUCCUCAUUUUGGCUUUCUGUGUGACCAUUUGGGAGCAGUAAGGGGGGGGGAGACAGCAGGAUGGGUUUAUGAUUGGCAUUCUCUGGGUUGUUUUUUGUUCAGUGGGGGUUGAGGUGAGGUCGCUGUUAGGUUGGUCUGAUGGCCUUUUUCCAGCCUCAUCAGAGCUGAGUUCACGGUUUCUCCCUGGAAGAAACACAGUGCAGGCCCAAAGAAGUCCAGGGUCACAGAGUCCAGUGUGGCCAGCAGCCUUAUGACAGUUACUGUCACCUGAAAUGGAAAUCCUGUCUGUAAUGUUCUGAUUUGUAAGCUGAGUGAAUGCAAAUGGAAGUAGUUUCUCUUCUGUGCCAGAUUAUUAGCAUGCGCUUGGAGAGCUCUGGUCAGUUUGUCAAGUACAAUUGUUUUAUUUUGUUAACCCCCCCUUUCUCUAACUUCUGUGAAGUUGAACCUCUUUGUGUAUUUGAAUGUAGUCUUUCUUUCUGGGGUCUCUGAGGAGACAGUGUCAGAGAUGUGAACUUGGUUGGUGGCCUGGGCUUUGCAUUUUAACACACCCUACUACAACUUUUCCUUUUUAUUUCUUCAAUCAUGUAACUGAUUCGAGCUUAAGAUUUAAUUCACUAGCAGGUGCGCUAUUGCUGUGCUGGAAUGAAAAUGUACAAUCCAUUAGACUAGAAUUGGGGAAAAAUAACAUUGAGGAGCCACAGCUACAUGUUGAAUUCCACCAUAAUAUUUUAGGUCAACUAACCCCCAAACUCUUGUUUUGGUUGAGUGAACAAAAUGCAUGGAAUCAAUGGGCAUUACAGACGUCAGGUCUGAGAACCAUUAAACCGGGGUUCACAGAGCCGUAGUUAUAUCACCAAAAUAUACAGCUUAUAAAUGUAAAAGGUAAAAAAAAGACUUUAAAACAAUGUUUUUUAAAUUAUACUAAUCAGUCUUGCUUUAGACAGUUAUUUAACACAUGGAUUUCGUAAUUGUUAAAACCACUGCUAACUCAUAUCCUGUGGUUAGCCUUGGCUAUAUGUUCCACUGAGUUGUCUUUCAGACUAGAAAGUAAAAUCCAUACUCUGCAAAAGUUUCUUUGAUGUUGUCAAGUCCAUUGUGGGGUGGGAAUUUACUCUUAUCCUCACCAUACUUUCUGUUGUGUUUGGUAACCAUUCACACAUUCUAAAUGGACGUUAAUAGGUUAAUGCUUGGAGCUCCCCGAGGUUGUGUUAUUACUGACUGUUGUACAGUAUCUUCUUUAUGGUUCCAUAUUUAAUUGGGAAGCCAAGGGCUAGGACAACCUUCUCCAUAGAACAUGGUAGCUCAGUAUGUAGCGAUGUACAGAUUCCUAUUAAUGUGUAAAAUGGAUGUCUGAUUCGGUCUUUCUGAAUCCUGUUCUAUAGGCCAUUUACCAAGGCAUAUGUAAUGGAAAAAGUUUGAUUUUCCUGAAAUAUUGCUUAAGUUCUUGACACGUCAUAACUAGCUGAUUUUUGUAUAUAUUUGUUGUGGGAGCUGGUGUGUUUGCUUGUGAUGCUUAUACAUUUUCAUUAGGAGGGAAGACCAUAAUCAUAAGGACUGCAAUGAAACAUUUUGGUCUUUCACAGUUAGCCUGCAUAGCUUUGAGGGGGCAUUUCCUUGGGUGGCUUUCAUCUAUUGUGACAAAAUAUUUUGAAUUCUGUCUUUUAGCUUUGAGUCCUGUAAUACAAAUGGCUUAAGAAAAGUUCAUACCUUGAGAUAGUUGUUCAUUUGAUUUGCUUGAACCACAAACCAGCAUUUCUAUUCUGCUGAAAGUUAUGCCAGCUCUUCAGCAAUUAAGGGUGUUGUGGUUAGUUUUGCCUCUGGUGUGUUGAUGUGCGUAAUUGGAUAAAUGGACUUAAUUUUUCCAUUAUUGUAAGUGGCUAUAACACGUGAUACAUUUAUCUUUGCCUUGUUGAAUUAUUGCUUUUGUUGGUGUGUUUGUUAUUGACUAGUCAAGGAAGACGAGCAGGGAGGAGGAGAAAAAUGAACCUGGGGGUACAGAGAGUACAAUUUUGUGUAGCAUUAUCAGGAUAAGCACUAGAAAGUUAUACACGCUGUCUUCCCUUCUGACAUCUCAUUCGCAGGAGUGCUACACUCCUUCCCCUCUCAUUUUACUUCAAAUGGCUUUCGCAUGACUCUUCUCUGAGGAUUCAGAAACUAAUGUACAUUCUUGGUACAUUGUAUUGCAGGUGUGACUCUUUCUGAUAUUUGUUUGCAUUUAUAGGCCAACAUUCUGGUCUCUCGAGACAGUCUACAGUAUUAAAGCACCAAUUUUGGUGCAGUUUCACUAAGUAUAAUCUGUGUAAUAUUGGAUUUAUUAUUAUCAUUGUUGCAGGUAUUGUUGUUAAUGCUUGGGAAAGAGCUAUUUACAUUUUAAGCAAUCGUCAAGAUUGGAUAUUAAAGAGCCCUGCUGAGACGCACAGAUGUAGAGAAUGAGAGAUUGGUUGCAUCUUUAGGAUUAUAUAUUUUUUGACAUUAACAUUAAACAAUUAACCUUUAAAUUAGCUUUUAAUAAACUAGUUGGAAGAACUGCUGGCUGACAUCACUGGUAAAUGUCAGUUACAAGUAAAUUAAUUGGCUGGCAGCUAAAAAAUAGAACUGCAACUGCCUGUAUGAGUUUGGCUUUGUAGAAAAUCAUUUUGAAAGUCCUUCACAUUGCAACUGCUUCUGUUCUUUUUGAGAUGACUAUGAUGUUUGAAGUCCACCUAUUAGGUUUCCAUUUUUUGAAGAAGUUGCCAGUAUAAUAGCAAGACAGCUGAAAUUUGUACGUUUAUAUGUACAAAUUAUAUAUAUAUAUAUAUAUAUAUAUAUAUAUAUAUAUAUAUAUAUGCAUGCACUUUUUUUUAAAUACACCUGUGUGCAAAUUGUUAAUUGCUUUAUGGUGAACUGCCUCUUUCCCUUUAUGGAUUUACAGAAGUUCAAUCACUGGUCUUCAUCCAUUGCUGUUAAAUUCCAUUUAUUGAUGUGCCUUUCAGCAGGCUCUUAACUUUUUUUUAAUGUUUGGGUGCAUACACUUGUGUAUAUAUAGUACUGUAAUGUGCAACUGCUAAUCCACUUGCUCUGAGUCAGCAUUUAUAUUAAAUGGUCUCUACAAAUCAGUAAUGCAAGAUCUCUCAACUGGUUGCCCAUGCAGAGCCGAGCAACUCUUAUCCUUUCUGAGACAAAGGAGUUCAGUGCCAGAAUGUGUAACAUUUGUGUACCUAACCAUUAUAAAAUGUCUGUUUUCAAACACAUAGAAAAAAAUGCUUCUUCAUACAAGACAUUAGUUUGUCUCAAUAUUUCUCACAGUGUGACUGUUUGCAGAGAUGAAACAGGUGAAAAUUUUAAAGUCACUAUCCAAUGUCAGAGAGAAUUUUAACCCCCCCCCCCAAGGAUUUAACCUCCCUCCAUCCCUUAAAAAUGUAAAAAAAAAAAAAAAGCAUUUAGUAAGCACAGCAGUAAUGUCUGACUGACAAAUGCACUGGCCCACAGCAAUCCUUAAACUGAACAUUUCUUUCAAAACGAAGGUAUUGCUUUUCCAGUCGAAAUCUAAUAAAGAUGGCAUCAUUUGACCUUAAGUAGAACUACAUUAAUUUUACUGUUUAGUGAUAGUACUGCUAGUUUUAAAUGGGCAUUAUCCUGAAAAUCUUAGCAAUUAUAAGCAAAACUGAACCAAUAAUUUCAGUGUUAUUGCCCUGGGUGCAAAGCAUCUUAUAUUCACACAUUGAACUAAUAAAUCACACAACAUAUGCUGUCUGUCGGUGAAAAUCGUUGUGAUCAACCAGUUGCUUGUUUGUAAUUUUAGUGAAUUAUUGGGAAAAAAAUGUGGUGAGAUCACUGUGAGUUUGGAGUGUUUACAAAGGAGAUAUCAGAUUGGCCGUUUGCACGCAAAUACAAAAAAGUAGGAAAAAGAAACUUUCACACACUAGCAGUAGUUUUACCUUGUAGCUUUAGGAUUUUGAUGAGUGUUGGUUCUGUGAAUAUGUGUGCACUAAUGGAAAUAUCUCUUACCUUCUGUCACUUUCCUUGGUCACUUUGAGUGCUCUCAAUAACUAGAGUAACUAAAUCCAUAGAAACAAGAUUGGGCUGAUGUUGGUAUUUUUCUAUUUUUUAUUAAUUUUUUUUAAGUCCUCACUUUGGGAAAUGUAAUUGCUUUUGAUUACUUCCAAGUUGUCUUGUAAAAGAAUGUUUAAACUGAGGUACAGAUUUAACUUCAAGAAAAAGACAUGUUUUUAUAUUAUACUCCAUUAAGGAAUGUUUAGAAUUCUUUCUCCGAUGUGGAUGUAGCCGUUAUGUCUUUUAUUUUUUCUUUGUAAAGGAAUUCACUGUGUGAAAAUUGGUUUGCAUUUUGUAUUAUACAAAUCUGCUUUUUGUUUCCUGUAAUGGGGGAAAUUAACUGGAAGUUUGCAAAAAGAAAAAAAAACCUGUGAAACAUUGUAACUUAUGUACAACAGUGAUUCUUUACUGGCAGGGACUGUGAUUAAAUAAUAUUGGCUAUUG